AUGUUUUUUAAAGUAAUUAAGAAAAUAUACUCCAGAUUAGAACUUGGAAAACAGUUUGAUCCCAAAACAGAUAAAAUUCUGAUAGCUGGUGGGAGUGAUACCUUUGGUAAACAAUUAAUAAAACAUCUAAUUAACGAUUAUAAUGUUCCCGUAAUAAACUUAGAUACCACUAAUUUUAAAAAUAAGUUUGAUAUACAAAAGUAUAAAUAUAUUGAAUGUAGAGAUUUUACUAAAUUAGAUACUCUUUACGAAGCAUUGGACAAAAUUUCCAAUUAUCAGGGAAUAACAAUUUUCAUAAAUAAUUUGCAAUUCGGUGAAGCUAACCACAUUGCACAUGUUCAAAAAUGUAUCAGAACAAAUGUUACCAGUGUAAUGAUCAUAAUAAAAAAUUUAGUUAACAAUAUUAUGAAGGACGAUAAGAAAAGCUAUUAUAUUAUUAAUAUUACUAAGAAUAUGACUUUGCAUGAGGCGAGAAUUACAAAUGUAAGCAAUAUAUAUAUUGCCAGUAAGAGUGCACUAAAUCAAAUACAUGAUGGUAUUUCUAGUGAACUUCCAUACAACCGUUUCAAAACUCUACUUGUCUACAUUCCCGAAUUAAAUAGUGAUAACGAUUAUAAGUCUACCAGAAUUUCAAAACAAUUUGUGUCGUUUUUGAAAAGUGGAAAAUUCGGAGAAAUGCAUAUCAAAUAUUAG